AAAGGCUGGAUGUGUCUUCCGCUAAGGGAAAACUCUGCCGAAAUUUUGUGGACGCCGACACUUGUGAAAAUAUCGAGGGAGCUGAGUGUGGACAGCAAAGGGGAGCUGAAAUUCGUCAUUUCUCAAGGAGAAGAUGAAUGAGAGAGGAUGAGAUGCUAAUGAAAGAGGAGCUGUAGCUGAGAAGACAAGUGAGCCGCCGCCAUCAAAAGUUGAAGCUUUGGAUGGCUCCAACUAUAAGGAAUGGAGCGGACGGAUGAGGAGUGCCUUCAAACGCUACAAGCUACUGAAGAUUGCUAGGUAGAGGCCGAGGUGACUAUAAUGAGGGGCAUGGGAGCUCUAGUGGCAGGGGGAGUACCAGAAUGGAGGGCACCUGCUGGUACUGCAAGAAGGUCGGGCAUCCUUGGUUUAAGUGCUUCAGCAGGCCGGAGGGAUGGGCACCUCCAGGCAUGAAGCCACCCAGUGGUGAACGCGCACAAGGUGGCGCUGUGCAAGACUCAGGUGCACAAGGUUUCAUCAAGGAGUGGUGAGGCCGAUUGGGAGACAUGGCAUGAGAGGCUGUGUCAUGUGAACUUCCCUAUGCUGCAGAAGUUGGUGAAGAAUGGGAGCCUGAAGGGCUUGGAGGUGAAAGGGGAAGUGAAGGAGAUUGGGAGCUGUCCUACAUGCUUGGAGACCAAGUUCUCCAAGUUCCCCUUCAACAGUGCAACAGGACCAGCCAAGACCCCACUUGCACUUGUGCACAUGGAUGUGGUGGGGCCCACAAGAGCCCCUUCCCUCUCAGGCAGCCGCUAUUUCUUGACAAUUGUGGAUGACCACACUCGGGCAGUGUGGGUUUACCCUUUGAACAGCAAGGGGGAGGUGGCAGCGGCUGUCCUUAAGGAGUGGAUGCCUAGAGCUCAGAGGGAAUGCGGACACAAGGUGAAGGUGAUCCGCAGUGACAAUGGUGGGGAGUUCAUUGGAGCUGAUUUUGAGGGGGAGUUGAAGAGGAAGGGGAUCCAGCAUCAACUGACAGUGCCCUACAAUCCGCAGCAGAAUGGCGUGGCUGAGAGGUUCAACAGGACCCUGCAGGAGGGGGCACGCACUCUCCUUGGGCGUGCAGGGCUGCCUGAUCCGUUUUGGGUGUCUGCACUGAGGCAGGUCGCCCUUGUGAAGAAUAGGGUGCUGGCUACAGUUGGGGAUAAGGAGUGGAUCCCAUAUACCAAGUGGUAUGGGAGUGCUCCAGCUGUGAAUAUGCUGAGGGCAUUUGGAGGCAAGCCAAAUGUGGUGCAGGCUGGGAGUGUGGUUGAGCAGAUUGAGGAAGAUGAGAUUGCAUUAUGCUAUUGGGCUGCAAUUCCUCAACCCAAGGUACUGACGCUAGCUUCAACUCAGUAAAAGCGGAUGGCACCAGCAUUGGGGGUUAUGUGUGCUUGCUAGGAGGUGGUGCUAACACAUAAGGCCAAAGUGGCAUUGGGUGAGGAGACUCCUUGAUAAGGAGGUGCGGCUGGAGAUAGUGAAGAUCCAUCAGCAGGCAGCAGAUAUUUUCACUAAGAGUCUGGCGGAGGCGGAUCAUUGGAAGGGCAUGAAGCUUGCUGGGAUGAGUGUGCAUUGAGUAUGCAUGCUUGAGAUGUUGGUAUGGUGGAUGAUGGUUGGCAGCUAGAGGGGGAGAUUGUUGUGUGAUGUCAUCAUAUGCUAUCACAUUCUGUCUGCCUCCCAUCCCAUGUUUUCAACUUGCAUGUGUGGUUUGAACGUAUUUUGUGAUGAUAGAUCUUGAGAAGAUCUUUCCGACGCAACGAGAAUCCCUUCAAUCGGAGCAAGAACGCGAAAGCUAUGAAGAUUCAAAGUUCAUGAGCUUGCGUUACAAUUGCGGCGGUAACAUAGUGAAGUUGUGGGGUGACUCUAUAU